GGCGGCCUGGCGGGCGCGGACCUGGCCUGGCUGAGCCUCUCGGGCCAGCAGGAGCUGCUGAGGCUGGUGCGGCCGCCCUACUCCUACUCGGCGCUCAUCGCCAUGGCCAUCCAGAGCGCACCGCGGCGGAGGCUGACGCUCAGCCAGAUCUACCAGUACGUGGCGGGCAACUUCCCCUUCUACAAGCGCAGCAAGGCCGGCUGGCAGAACUCCAUCCGCCACAACCUGUCGCUCAACGACUGCUUCAGGAAGGUGCCGCGCGGCGAGGACGACCCAGCCUCGGCCAUGGGAGCCCUGGCCGGCGGCCUGGGAACCUUCCCCGGGGGCCUGGCUGGGGACUUCUCUCUCCGGAGACCGGCGACGGUGGCUGCUGAUGGCCCCCAGCCCCCCAGCCCCUCGCCAGGCUUCCCUGCGGGCCAUGGGGCUGCGGCCGCCGGCCCCCGACUCGGCCACUUCGCCUGCAGCCGGGGAGGGACCCAGGUUUGA